AUGUCAAAAAAAGAAGUGGAAUUGGACAGCAGGAAGAUAAUCAGGCUGGAUGUGUUCCUCCAGAGAGCAUGUACUUCCAGGACUCCAACCCCACAAACUGAAUCACAGUCUUGGGUGCACUAUGUAGCAACAACACCUGAAGAACCAGAGGACACACAGGUUGUUGAUGGAGACUGUACCAUUCAGAGGAACAGUGGGACAGACCAUGACAACGGCAGCUGUGAGAGAUCAUUGAGUGGGAGAAGAUACGGUACAAAAGUAAGACCAUGUGGAGCAGAUCGACGGUCAAACACACAGUCUGAAACAACCUCUACCUCAGGUGUGUCGCUUCCUCCGCUGAAAAUUGAACACUCAACGUGCUAUGAGAAGACAUGUUACAAGACAGACAGGGUGAGCUGGGAGAGAACCGACAGUGCUGGACACCGUGCACAGCUCCUACCUCCAAUAGCAGAGAACUGCAGUGUUGCCUCAGUGAGAGUGAUCCAAGAUCAGUCCAGGCUAGAUGCCCGGCAACUCCGUUCCGAAAGAUAUGGGAUUAAAGCUGGAGAGAAUCCGCAGAGACUCCACAAGCAGCCUUUGACUCUACCUCCGCUGUUUCCUGAGAAGAACGAGGAGACAAGUGGGAAGCUGAGAGGGGGAAAAGACAAAUCAGAGAAGCAGUGCUUUAAAAAACAGACCACAGGUCAAGAAGGAGGAGGAGGAAGGUUAACCUCUGUAAAAGGUUCUACAAUUCUGCUGGAGCCUGAAGAAGAGACUCCUCCUCCUCCUCCUCCAGCAGGAGUGUCGGGCUGUGUUUCAGGAUGGAAAGGCCCGAGCAGACAGAGUUCUUUGGCCUGUUUCCACAACCGACUGCUUCACCUCCAGGAUCCCAGUGAUGCCAACAGAAGUGUGGUUAAGGGAGUUCUGCCACUGGAGUUGAGAGAUUUGCAGGACGACAAAUCGGUUGGCUGCCUGAUCCUGGGUCCUGAUGGGGAAAUCAUUCAGCUGUCACUGUACGACAACAAUGAAGAGCCAUCUCAGGCCAAUGAUGGCACACAGCAGAGAGCUCUACAGGUUUUGUCGUCGGAGGGAGAGAAGUUGCCCUGGGUCAUUGUGCUGCAGUCUGAGAAUUCACAUACAGACGAGGAUAUGGAGCUGGACACAGAUGAUGUUGAGGAGAAAAUCCAGCAUCGUAAGCCACUGCAUAAGAGACCAGGAAGUCACAUGACUCUCAGUCAGUCUGCAUCGGGGGAGCGGAGCGUCAGCACUGAACAGCUUUUAGAUUCCCAUAUCUCUCCAGAGAGUGAUGCAUGGUUACCCAACAGCCACACAGACACUGUGACCCAAAAGAUUGGAGAGGUGGUGAUGGAAACACAGACGAAGAAAACAAAGAAGGAAGCGAGACACAGUGUCAGGAUGUCUCCACUGAGGGAGUGGGUAGGGCGGAAGGAGCCAGGAGAAGGAGACGCUGAGGCAGAGGAAGGGAAAGAGGACGACGAAGAGCCGGACACGACGGGACAGCGUGGCCUUUUGUCUGGAUCGCACAAACCGGGUCUAUCCAGAAAGAAGUUUAAAGACGGCGGAUGUGGCAACCAGCAGAACGUCAGCCCAGAUGUGGCAACAAGUGAAGAUGCAGUGGACAGAAGGAGGAGGAAGAGUAUUAAGAAGAAAGACACUGAUGAAGCUGCAGUGACUUCUGGGAAGCGAGGUCUGAAAUCUGUGAAAACAUCCGAGUCUGAGGCACAGACAAAAUCUAAGAAGAGCAAAGAAGGAGGCGGCAAUGAUUCCCAACCAAUCAUGAGCCAUAAACCAGGAGCGAGGACCAAUAGGGAAGCAGCAGGCGUUCGAGACCAAUCUGCUCCUCCCUCUGUGGAAAAAAAAACAGGAGCCACAGAGGGAGGGAGAGGGGGAGAAGAAGAGAAGAUGAAUGAGGAGAGCGAAGUAAGAGGAGGAGCAACUGUGAGGCAGAAGAUCGUGUCCGAUGGGAGGAGGAGAGGGAAGCUGACUCAUGAUGCUGAUGAAGACCUUGAUGAGGGGGUGGAUUUCAACCAGGAGAUGGAAGAGGAGUCUUACCUCAAAUACAUCGAAACACCCCCAGCACCACAAAAUCACAAGCACAAAACAAAAACAGGGGACGACUCAGAAACCGAUCACCUUCCCACCAGCGACGAGCGCAGAAGCAUCCGAUCAGUGAGUUCCCUCAGGUCCAGUGACGCUGCGUCCCAAUUCAUUCAGAGGACAACAAGGAGGUCUGCAGCCUCCUCCCACGAGGGGACGGCACCAGCCAGCAUCGUGGAUUUCGCCUCAUCCCGUGGUCGCCUGUCGUCGUGCUCUACCGUCAUGGUGAUGGACGAACAGCUGAUGUUGAACCCAGUGAAGCCGGAGUUGUCCAAGCUCAAAAAGAGUCAGGAGGAGCAGGCGGCGCUGCGUCUGGCCCAGCGAGCAGAGAGACGGAGGCAGGAAGUGGAGAGGAAGAGGAAGGAGCGGGAGGAAGAGGAGAGGAAGCAGCAGGAGAGGGAGCAGAUGGAGGAGAGGAUGAAGGGCGAGCUGGAGGAGGAGAGGAGGAAGCGAGCGGAGGAGCUCAGACUGAAGAAAGUGGCAGAGGAGGAGGAGAGGAGGAGGCGUGAAGAGGAAGAACAGAUGCGAGCGAGACAGGAGCAGGCGCGAAGGGAAAGCGAGCGGAGGAGGCAGGAGGACAGGAGGAGGCAGGUGGAGAGGCUCCAGAAGAUGAGAGAGGAAGAGGAACAAAGGAAGAAAGCUGAGCUGGAGCGUUUGCAGCUGGAGGAGCAAAGGAGGCAGGAGGAGGAGAGCAGGAUGCUGCAGGAGAUGGAUGAGGGCGAGAGGUUCGAAUACCUGCGGAGAAAGGAGCAGGAGGAAGAAGAGAGGAGGAACAGAGAGGAGGAGAGGAAGAGGAGAGAGGAGGAGGCUGCUUUAAGGGCUGCAGAAGAGGCCAGGCUCCAGGCGCAGAAGCUCCUCAGAGAGAUGGCGCUGUUGCAGCAGCACUUGACAUUUAAACGAGAUCUCGCGUUGGAGGCCGGAGGUCUGGAGAAUACCCAGGGUAUCUCCCGACCGUGGAUCUACUCUUAUUUCAGUUUGCUGCAGUUACUGGGACUAAAUCCCACUCCGAGCUGAGACGACCUCGACAUGAUGGACGGAGUUGGGACAUGUGAUAUUGUCAAUUUUGUCCGUACAUACCAUUUUCAGUUUCUUUCCUUUGUUUCAAUCAAAGACUGAAUGGAAACACCUGUACUUCUUUCCUUACACACACGUCAAGUCACAGUUACUACAACAAAGCCAAAUUAUGGGAACCAUAUUAGAUUGGUAACUUUUUAAGGCUAAAAAUGUAAUAAAACCCUCUAUAAUAUAUAAAAUACAAAGCCAACAGUGGAGCACACUUGCACCCAUGUCAGUGAAAUAAUUAGAGGUUCAGCGUGUAAGAAUUAGUGACAUCUAGUGGUCAGACUGCAGAUUGUAAUAAAUGGA